AUGAAGCUCUCUGGGUCAGCAACGUCAAGACUGGACUCCGGAAAGCUAACUCAGUCGCAUCAGCUUUUUGGCAGGGUUGAACAAGUAUUCCCUCCAGAUAAGUGCGCGGCUUGGUUCACAUCUCGCACGGUGACUAUUCCUCCUGGAGAACAUGCUUUCCCGUUUUCGAUUAGGUUCCCCCAGGUUUCGGAAUGCUACAAGACCAGCCCUACAGACGUCUCCGGAAAACGACCAGGAGGCAGGCGGAAACACCAUCUACUACGAAAACUUCCGCCUUCGUCCGGCGGUAAAACCACGCCUGAGGAAAUUAAGUAUUUCCUCGAAGCGACUGUUCGACAAGAUGGUAUCCUACGUAGGACUCAGAAAGCCGUUGAGUUAUCCCACACCUGA